AUGGAAAUAUACAAAUGCACAAACACAUGUAAUUCUAUUAGUCACUUCAGCUCAUGUAGAUACAAGCUAUCAAUUUGAACUCUUCCCCCACUUCUCCAAAUCUCCUCCCCAUCUAUGCACCCCGCAGAGCUCCCAAAUAAUGUUACUAUUCUAUAUAAUCUACAAAGACACAUCAAAGUCUGCCUCUUGGAUAGACAUAACGUAAGCCUUUAAAGGGGAAUUAUCAAAUUCGAAAUGAACGAUAAUCUGUAUCAGUGUGUCAAGUAUUGGAAAUAGAUCCCGGGUUCGGCUGAACAGCAAACACAUCUAGACAUGGCAUCCAGUGAACCCGCAUAUGAUCCUAAGAGGACAGAAUCAUGGCUCAUCUGCACAGCUUGCGGGACACAAUUUCCUACCGCGAACAGGCAAGAGUUGAAAACGUGCUUCAUCUGUGACGACCCUCGUCAAUUCACGUUACCGACUGGUCAGGCUUUCACCAACCUUCACGAUAUUCGUGCGGCUGCAAAAAACGUAUGGACACCCUUCGAAAAUGACGACAGGUUCACAUCUAUUCAUACGGAGCCCAAGAUAGGCAUCGGUCAGCGAGCCAUCCUCAUCAAAACUGUAAAUGGUAACGUCCUUUGGGAUUGUCUCACUCUCGUUGAUGGCGAGACUAUCAACAAGAUUAAAGGUUUAGGUGGUCUCAAAGCCAUCGUCAUCUCUCAUCCGCACUAUUACUCGACGCACGUAGAAUGGGCCCGCGCUUUCGACUGUCCCAUCUACCUAGCUGCCGAGGAUAAGCAAUGGACAACGCAGAGCUCAUCGUACCAGGUCUUUGUGGAAGGAACAGAGCUUGACUUACAGAUCGAUGGCAAGUCUUCCGGGGUCAAAGCUAUCAAGCUUGGCGGUCAUUUCCCAGGAUCUUUUGUGGCACUGUACGAGGAACACCUACUCAUCGCCGACACGCUAGUUACAACACCUUCGGGGCUAGGCAGCUGGGAUACGGAUGCUAUAGGAGCUGCGCGGGUCCGACCCGCUGGUCUGAAUAGCUAUUCGUUCAUGUGGAGUAUUCCGAACAUGAUCCCCUUGGCCCCGGAUGAGCUGCAGCGGAUGUGGAGUAUACUUAAGAAAUACGACUUCAGCUCUACACACGGGGCGUUCCUCAAGAUGGAUAUUAUGAAGACCGUGCCAGAGAUGAAGCGUCGGGUGCUGGAGAGCAUGCAGAUCCAGAUUAAGUAUAUGGGUUAUGGCAACCAUGCGUUUCUAAAGGAAACUAUAUCAUAAAGGAAAGGAAAGGGGGAGAAGCAGCUUGGGUUAGUCUGGACUUCGGCUUGUAAUCAGACACGGAGAGUUUAGUGAGCAUUAAGCAGAAUAUCCCAGUUAUCGACGAAUAUAAACGUCCAAAAUUCAGAAUACGCAAAUGAAU